AUGGCAGCGCAGCGCCUGGUGACGGCGGCCGUGGCGGUGGCCCUGCUGUCCCUGGCGCUCAACAACGUGGCGGCCUUCACGCCCAGCUGGGUGCUGCAGGCGCUGGAGGACGGGCGGCGGCGCGGCGUGGGGCUCUGGAGGAUGUGCGAGGAGGGAGGAGGAGGAGGGGCGGGCAAGCACGGGCAGGCCACGCGGCCGCACUGCGAGGCUCUGAGCUGGGGCUCCGAGGUCGCCGGGUACCAGGAGUCCCGCAGCACCGUCAGGCUGCAGUUUGACAUGAUGCGGGCCUGUAACCUGAUGGCCACAGUGGCGCUGACCGCUGGCCAGCUCAUCUUCCUCCUGGGGCUGGUGGAGCUGCCCUUCAUUACCCAGGAUUCCCAGUGGUGGGAGGAGGCCAUCGCCGCACUCUUCCAGCUGGCCAGCUUCGUGCUGGUGAUUGGUCUGGUGACGUUCUCCCGGAUUGGACCGUACACGCACCUGGCCUACUCCUGCUACGUGAACAUUGCAGCCUGCUUGCUAGCCACGCUGGCAGCUGCCAUGCUGAUCUGGAACAUUCUGCACAGGCGCGAUGACUGCCUCGCCCCGCGUGUCAUCGUCAUCAGCAGCUCACUCACGACGCCGUUUCACCCGCGCCUCGACAACGACUAUGUGGAGUCGCCCUGUUGAGCUCCGCCAUUUCCUCCCCUGGGUCUGACAGAGCACUACGACACUAUACUGGGGGAGGGUAGAAGACAUUAGGGGCCAUUUUCUCUCCUUUAACCAACUCAUAUUGCUGCUGUGCUUCCCUAAAUAUCUGUGUGUGUGUGUGUGUGUGGUUUGGGGGAUCAGUUUCAUGGCCGCAUACAACUCAGAGGAAUGGACAUUCUGUUGCGGUAAUGGACCAUCCAAACCCAGAGUAACCCAAUUAUGGACAGUCACUCAAAUCUCCUCUGGAAGUACAAAAGACCGGAAAAGCAAAGCCUGUCUAUGCUCACGUUUAGAGAAGUGAGGACUGGCGCCCAUCUGUCUUCACUUCGAUCAGUUCACUCUUAAAAUUCUGAAAUGCAGCCGAAGUAAAAUCUAAAAGAAAAUGUUUAUGUUGGUUUACUGCAGGCAUGUCUGACAGCUUUGUCAAGUGUGAACUAUCCAGGCCAAACGUUUCCAACACCCCUAAAUGCUCUACUGAAAAAAAAGAUCAAGCUGGAUCUUGACAUGUUUUGUUCUAUGUGCACUUAUUUUAACAUAUUUCUUGCAGUGUUAAUAUUAUUUUUUAUAUUGAAAAGAAUUGAGAUUUAAGAUCCCAGAAUUAUCAUUAAUGAAAGAUUGGGGUAAUUCCCUGCAAUGUUUUAUUGCACAAUAUUUAAAAGUGGGCAAUUUAUAAUUAAAACCUGAUAAAAGUAUAAUUUUCUGAGAAGCCCACUAUAGGUGUAUAUCUCAGUAUCUGAAUAUCUCAAGGUGUAUCGUCACAUUGACUGAGAUCUUCACGGAAGAAAAGGCAGAGGAGGAAGGUCUAAAGCAACAAUAAGAUGGUGAACUCACUUUAGUAUGGAUGUACUCCUUUAGAUAACCUGCUCGCUUGUGGUACAUGUACUUAAUUUAAUUCAGUAUGGUUGUAUUAAUUGCUAUUAUAUCAUAUUACUACUGGUGGUGCCGAAUCUUCGCUGUGAACAGUCCCAUUCCGGCCAGACAAAAGAAAAUAAAUUAAAAUGAUAAUAUAGAUUGUAUGAACACA